GCUGCGGCAGCGGCGGUGACGGCCGCCCAGCAGGAAGUCGGAGUGGGAUGCGGCUGACGCGGAGGCGGCUGUGCUCUUCUGCCAUCGCCCUGUACUGCCUCUUCUCCCUUUACGCCGCCUACCAUGUUUUCUUUGGGCGUCGCCGCCAGGCGCCGGCCACGGUCGUCCGGGGCCUGAGGAAGGGGGCGGCCGCCGCGCGGGACCGGCACGGCCAAGAACAGCCUCCACUGGAAAUGGAAGAAUGGAAUCCUUGGGAAGGAGACGAAAAAAAUGAGCAACAACAAAGAAUUAAAAAUAGGCUUCAAAUAUUAAAUAAAUCCACAAAAGGAAAAACACACAUAAGUGUACAAAUCUGGAGCAAAGCUGCCAUUGGCUUGUAUCUCUGGGAGCAUAUUUUUGAAGGCUUACUUGAUCCCACUGAUGUGACUGCUCAGUGGAGAGAAGGCAAGUCAGUUGUAGGAAGAACACAUUACAGCUUCAUCACCGGUCCAGCUGUACUACCAGGGUACUUCACUGUGGAUGUGAACAAUGUGGUGCUUGUUUUAAAUGGAAGAGAAAAAGCAAAGAUCUUUUAUGCCACCCAGUGGUUACUUUAUGUACAAAAUUUAGUACAAAUUAAAAAACUGGAGCACCUUGCUGUUGUUUUGCUUGGAAAUGAGUAUUGCAAUAAUGAAUGGAUAAACCCUUACCUCAAAAGGAACGGGGGCUUCGUGGAGCUGCUUUUCCUCGUGUACGACAGUCCCUGGGUCAAUGACGUGGAUGUUUUCCAGUGGCCUUUAGGAGUAGCCACGUACAGGAACUUCCCUGUGGUGGAGGUGAGUUGGUCGCUGCUGCAUGAUGAGAGGCCGUAUUUAUGUAACUUCCUGGGAACCGUUUAUGAGAAUUCCUCCAGACAGGCACUAAUGGACAUUCUGAAACAAGAUGGACAUGAUAAGCUCUGUUGGGUUUCAGCAAGAGAACAGUGGCAGCCGCAGGAAACAAAUGAAAGUCUCAGGAGCUACCAGGAGGCUCUGCUGCGGAGCGACCUCACGCUGUGCCCGGCGGGCAUGAACACCGAGUGCUACCGCAUCUACGAGGCCUGCUCCUCCGGCUCAGUGCCCGUGGUGGAGGACGUGAUGACCACAGGCAGCUGCGGGAACACGUCCGUGCCCCGCCCCACCCCGCUGCGGCUGCUUAAGGCCAUGGGUGCCCCCUUCAUCUUUAUCCAGAACUGGGAGGAGCUGCCUGCUGUUUUAGAAAAAGAGAAAACUCUAAUUUUACAAGAAAAGAUUGAAAGAAGAAAAAUCUUGCUUCAGUGGUAUCAACACUUCAAGUCAGAGCUGAAAAUGAAAUUUACUAAUAUUAUAGAAAGUUCAUUUUUAACCACUAAUAAACCUUAAUUGUUAGAUUA